AAGUUAUAAGGAACUCAAAAAACUGGGCAAUAGGAGAUUUUUUCGAUUUCUGACCCUAAAGAUCUAUUCGAUCAAGUUGGCGCUAUACAUCAAAACCCUAACUCCUACAGAAAAUUACAGAUCAAAGUAGCGCCAUGGAAUAUAGAAAGACCACAGGAACGGUGCUGAAGAAAAUCAUUCUGCUUCUCUUUGUUUCAGAAUUUUUGUUUGGAGUAGCGUUAGCCGACGCCCGCGCCGACUUGCUCGGGUGGACCGCCGGCGCGAUUGAUUCCAAUCCGUCACCGCUUGACGAUCUGGAUCGGUUAAUUGGAGAGAGCUUGAUAAACGAAACAAUAGCAGCUCUCGAACGUGGACAACGCCCACUUUCCGGCGUAGAGUUGCUUUUCGGGGAUAAUGCGGAGGAGGCUAGAAAACCAUGGUGUGUAGACCGAUUCACUAGAAUAAUACCCUCAUGGGUUGCACUCACUGAUCACGUCGACCGUUUGAUUCACGAGGUGCAAAGUGGUAAACCCAUUGAUUCCGUCCGAAAACGACCGAUUCCUAACAUGAACCGGGUCAGAUGGUAUAGGGAUUCGUCUGAGUGUGAUUACCAGAGGUCUGCCUUGUGGGCAAUAGCAGAAGAGGAGUUGGAACUAAGUGCAGAGGAGCAAGCUGAGGUCAAUAAACGACGUGCAGGCAUUAUCUCUGAGCACAGGAAGUUGGAGGAGAAGGUAACAGAGGAGUAUGAAACCAUAUUAACUUAUGUAUAUGUCAAGAAGAUAGAAGAUAGAGAAAGGGAAUCUGAGGAGCUUGCCAAGGAGGAUUGCAUGAAGGUAAAAAUAGAUGCGAGGAAUAAGCUUGAUAAUAUCUCACAGUUCUCACCUACAGAAGAAAAUGAGCGGUAGAAAAUGAUGAUUUUGAUGAAAAGCUGGAGGUGAGAGCAGCACUCUGCAAUCCAGUGUUGCAAUUUCUCCAGGGGCCAGUAAGAACUGGAGGGUUUAGCUUCAUUUUGUUUUGUUUAAGUUAUUGUUACCUCAGGUCCCCAAUGUGUAUAAUCAAGAUGGGUUUACAUUCUUAGAUUCAGAUAUCAUGGAUAAAAGGAUGUUUAUCUAUAAAUUA